AUGUUUCAACGAACCCUCCUCAGACAGGCACAGGCUGCCCGCUCGGUCCUAGCCGCUUCCUCUUCCACAUCCUCCGCGUCAUCGGCUCUCCGAACAUCACAGUUGCAAACACGUCUGCCCGCUGCCGUGCGGCCAUUCGCUCCCCAGACAUUUUUCUCCCGCCGCUUCUACUCCACCGAGAACAAGGAGGCCGAAGCUUCCGAAAAUGCCGAGGCCGAGGACCCCGUCAAGAAGCAGCUUGAGGCUAAGGAGAAGGAGGUCGUUGAAUUGAAGGAUAAAUACUUGCGAUCCGUUGCCGACUUCCGCAACCUCCAGGAGCGCACCAAGCGCGACAUGGACGGUGCCCGCAACUUCGCUAUCCAGCGAUUCGCCAAGGACCUCCUGGACAGCAUUGACAACUUUGACCGCGCGCUGCUGGCCGUGCCCGCGGACAAGCUCAGCGCUGCCCCGACUGAGGAGAACAAGGAUCUUCUUGACCUCGUCACCGGUCUCAAGAUGACUGAGAACAUCCUUAUGAACACCCUCCAGAAGCACGGCUUGGAGCGCUUCGACCCUGCCGAGCAGGUUGAUGGCAAGGCCCAGAAGUUCGACCCUAACCUGCACGAGGCCACUUUCAUGGCCCCAUCCAAGGAGCUCGAGGAGGGUGACGUGAUGUACGUCCAGAGCAAGGGCUUCCGCCUGAACGGACGGGUUCUUCGGGCCGCCAAGGUUGGUGUCGUCAAGAACGCCUAA